CAAGCCUUACCUUCUUUGAUGCAGUUUUGGUUUCCUUUUUUUUUUGAGUUUCAACCAUAGUCAUGGAUCCUUUUACCUUAUAAGGAAGCAUUUGAGGGACAUUCAAAUACUGUUUGCUUAAAUGCAUCAGAUGCUACCCCAGAAUUUUUAAGAAACCAUUUCUGGAGGAACCAGACCAAAACAGAAACCUUUACAGUAUUAAGCUUCGUCUGUUCCCAUGGCAUCAGAAUAGUCACAGUCUGCCUAAUGUUAUGAAGGGAGUAUUGCUCAGGCUUUCAAUGGAUGAAUUUUUUUUUAAUAGCUGAACAUUUGCCAGGACAUUCUGCAUCAUAGCUCUUGUGAUGUCUUAGAACACUUUGAUCAAUAACUCUGAGCCUGCAAAGUUGGCUUUAUCAUGGCAAUCCUGUGAUGCUACAAUGCAGUUGGUGUGUCUUUGUGGCAAGGGUCUAUAAAACCUUUCUAAAGAAGACAGGAAGCUAUGGCAAAAACUGUGCACGUGUGAUUUCCUUCAGGGUAUUAUUAGUAAAAGUGUUUUGUCCAUUCUCCAGGACGCCAUCAUUACUCCUGGUAGCCAACAGAGGUCGAGGCAGGUUUUUACAAAUUAAAUAAAGUCAACUGAUUAUGGGGGUAGGGGGUGGGUAACUACUACUGACUGCCCAUCCUAUGGUUUUUUUCAAGUUGUCAACAGGUUGCCAAGCUGUUGUUCAAGCGCCCCGGUGUAAUGACUCACCAUUUACUCACAACAUACAUAAAUAACUCCAUAAUAAUCACUUGGUGUUGUUCCCCGCUGUUCACCAUUUGGUAGCUGUUACUGGAAAGUUUUGCAUCUGUGCUUACUUUUCAUGUAAAUCUACCCUAUCAGUAAAAACCAGUUUCUUACUCAGAUCUGGCUGACAGUGCCAGGGGACUGCUACAGAUGCCAAAUGGGAUCCUUCCUUCAGGACAGUGUGAUAUACCUGAGGACAUAUCAUAAGGCUAAAAUGUUUUUGAUGAUAUAUUUUAUUUACAAAAUAUUAUGCAUUGCUGGUAUUAUUACCCUAUGAAAGGAAAUAAAGUCAACUGACAAUUGCCUUACACUUUCCAGUAUCUGCUAUUUUUCUUUGUAGAGAACACCUCUUAGACCUUAUUUCUGAAAUAAGAGAAACAUAGCACAAAGCUUUUCCAAUUCACAAACUCCCUGAAAUGUUUUUGGUUUAGGGGGUGCUAGCCAGUGUCUACAGACAGGAAUUGGAAGCCUUUGACUGAGAAACUUUUGUAUGAAAGGAGACAUGGACAUCAUGCAGGGGGCUGAGCAGAGGGGCGGAGAUGAGACGCAGAGGGGAAGGACUCCCGCACAUUUGAACAUGUUAUCUGGAAAAAGAGGUGCCUGGUUUCUUAAAGAACUAAAUUAUCUCUCUCUCUCUUUUUUUAUUUAAAGUAUUUAUUUAUUUAUUUAUGAGAAAGAUAGGAGGAAAUAAAGAACCAGACAUCACUCUGGUACAUGUGCUGCCGGGGAUUGAACUCAGGACCUCAUGCUUGAGAGUCUGAUGUUUUAUCCACUGUGCCACCUCCCAGACCACUCUCUUUUUUUUUUUUUUCUUCAAAUUUCAUUUUAUUUUUCUGCCAGAGCACUGCUCAGUUCUGGCUUCUGGUGGUAGAGGAGAUUGAACCUGGGGCCUGGGAGCCUCAGACAUGAUUCUUUUGUAGAACCAUUAUGCUAUCUCCCCAGCCCAAGAACUGAAUACUCUCAAUUGCAACUAAAACUUGAAAAGAGGUGACUAACUAGUAAGAGCAGAGAGACUGUCACCCAGAGAAAAGCAGAUGUUGUAUGUGAGAACUCCUGUUCAUCCACAAACCCAGCAGGAAUUUGUACAGGUGAAACACACCCAGUUGACAAACGGUUCCUGCCACGUUUGCUCAGUUGUAUGUAUAUAUGCUUAGCCACACCAAGUUAGCUCAGAGUUAGAAAACUGUGACCACAGCCUACAGGUGGCUACACUGCCACCCCUGAAGCCUGAAAAAACAGUAAUCCCACAGAAAUUCCACAGCCCUGAUGCUUUUAAGCAAUUCUGAUCAGGAGCAGAGAAAAUGGGGCAAAGCCCUUCUCAGCCGCUGGAGGUGAAGGAGAACAGAGAAGUGGUCAGCCUGUGUGAGGCAGUUGGAGGAGCCAUUGUCCACGCAGCCCAGAAGCUGAAAGAGUAUCUGGGGUUUGAAGACCCUCUGAGCAAUCUCCGUGCUGCCCCAAACACUCUCAACGAGAUCUUCCUAAUCCACUUUGUCACUCUGUGCCAAGAGAAGGGUGUGGAAGAGUGGUUCACCACCACCAAGAUGACCAAGCACCAGGCCUCGCUGUUUGGGGCCGACUGGAUCUGGACCUUCUGGGCUUCAGAUAAGCGGAUAAAGUUUCAGCUGGCAGUACAGACUCUGCAGCUGUCUUCUCUCCCUCUUGUGGAGUCUAAGCCCUGUGAUCCAGGCUCCAUGGCCAAAGAAGUUUUCAGGAGGAGAAGUCGAUUUGAUAAGCUGGAGAAAUUCUGUAGCUUGAUAGGAGAGGACUGCCUGGGUCUGUUUAUCGUCUUCGGGGUGCCAGGGAAGCCUAAAGACAUCCGAGGGGUGGUCCUGGACAGCGUUAAAGGUGAGAAAACGAAGGAGGAGGCGGUGGCACGGUUUGUUCUGGAGACUGAAGACUGUGUCCCCAUUCAAGAGCUGCUGGGGAACUGCCUGAGUAAGAGGGAUGGACUCAGGGAAGUGGGCAAGGCUUAUAUCAGCAUCCUCUGAGCCGGAUGUAUGUCUGGAUGCUGGUGUGGAAGAUGAAGAGAGGGAAAAGAAAGCUUUUACUCUGGUCAGCAAGCUUGUCUCACUGUGGGGCUUUCUCUCCUCCCCACUUCCCACUCCAGUUGAUGGAAACAGUUGCCUGUGAGUCUCCCAUUGUGGAGCAGAAAAGAUCCUGCCUGCAUUGAGGGGUACCUUACAAAUGAGCUUAAGCCCUUAUUUAUUCAACAAUAAAUGGAGGAAAGAAUAAAGCCAGCCUUUGGAUUGCAAAAGAAAAGUGUCUUUGAAAUAGUAAGUCUAAUGCCUGGAGAUGCAUAAGGUGUUCCUGCAAUAUAAGCUGUGAUGGGCAGACACCUUGGGUGCCCACGGGGGACUCCUUGAGGGCACUUGUCUACCUCUGUUCCACUUGAUUUGCUACUCAAGAGUCCAUUUAUGUGUGGGUGUGAUGAGGAGUCUUUUUUACAUGUACCAAGGUAUGAAAGUGUACACCCCAGAUCUAUAUAGUAUUGUAAACAAUGCCAAGUCAAUAAAUAUUUUAAAAUUA